AUGAGCAUGCACCCGGCGCGGCAGGCGUACGUCGACGAGGAGAAUGGCGCGACCGACCACAUGGACGGCAUCGACUAUGCCAGCGUGCCACUCGACCGCAACCAUGCCAUGCCCGGCGGCGGCGGCGGCGGCGGCGGCAGCGUCGGCGGCAGCAAUCCCAUGGCCUCGGACCUCCUCGCCGAGUUUGAGCGCAAGAAGCGCGCCGCCGGCCUGAUUGUGCCCACCGCCGACCGCGACGUCAAGCUGCGCCUGCGCGCCCUGAAGGAGCCCAUUACGCUCUUCGGCGAGGGGCCCGCCGACCGACGCGACCGACUGCGCGCGCUGCUGGCCGAUGCAGCCGAGGCCGGACGCGACGACGCCGAGGAUGUCGUCAUGCACGAGGCAGAGGCGCCGGGCGACGAGCAGGACGAGUUCUACACACAGGGGACGCAGUCGCUGCUGGACGCCCGCCGCGACAUGGCCGCGUACUCGCUCCCACGCGCGCAGCAGCGCGUCGCCUACCAGCGCCAGGAAGCCACGAUCCCGCUCAAGGCGCACGUCGAGCACCGCAACCGCAUCAAGGACAGGCUCAAGGGCUUCGAGCUGUACGGAUCGCAGACGGCCGACCGCCCGGUCAGCAUCGUGCGCGCGUCGCCAAACGGCCAGUACGUCGCGUACGGCACCUGGGGCGGCAAGGUGGCCCUGCUGGAGAUCCCGAGCCUGGAGCAGAAGAAGGCAUACCGGGGGGGACACACGGAGCGCACCACGGGCAUCGACUGGGUGCCCGGCGCGACACUGCCGGGCACCACCGUCUCACCGGGCAGCGUCAACUUGGCCUCGGGCGGAGCGGGCGGAAAGGUGCAGCUGUGGUCCCUGGACGACGACAAGCCGCUGCGCACCCUGCAAGGCCACAGCGAGCGGGUCUGUCGGCUGGCAUUCCACCCCUCCGGGCGGUACCUCGCGUCGGCAUCAGACGACGCCACAUGGCGCCUCUGGAACGUCGAGACGGGCCAAGAACUGCUCCUGCAAGAAGGCCACUCCAAGGAAGUGUACACGGUCAGCUUCAACCAGGACGGAUCGCUGGUUGCGAGUGCGGGUCUGGACAGCAUUGGUCGCGUGUGGGAUGUGCGCACAGGGCGCGUCAUAUACAUGCUGGAAAGCCACAUCAAGCCCAUCUACGCCUUGGACUGGGCUGUCGACGGCCACCGGCUCCUGUCCGGCUCAGGCGACGGCUUCAUGAAGUGCUGGGACGUGCGAGCCAUGCGCGAGACAAACUCAAUCGCUGCAAACACCGGAGGUGUCACCGAUCUGCGAUGGUAUCAAGGGACCGACGGGCCCGCGAGCGGCGUGCCGCUGCAGCACAACGAAGCGGGCGAGCUCGUCCCGAAAAAGGCCUCGACGUUUGUCGUGUCCUCGGGCUUCGACAAGAACGUGCAGGUCUUCUCCGCGGACGACUGGGCACACUGCAAGACGCUGCAAGGCCACUCCGGGCCCGUCUUCAGCGCCGACGUGACGAGCGACGCGGCGUGGAUCGUCAGCGGAGGAAAGGACCGAACCGUCAAGCUGUGGUCGAGGGAAGACAACGAGGGAAUCUGA